GCAGCGAUGGCAGUGGUACAGGGGCCUUUCUUUGUUACUGUGUUACUCCUCGUCUCCCCUGGCCUCCACUGCUCCUCUCCCCCACCGGCCUGUCCCGAGUUGUGCACCUGUCAGAGAGCUCCCCUGUUGAACUGCUCGUCCUCUGGCCUCUCCUCGGUGCCGCAGCACAUCCAAGAUUCUGUCACUGAGCUGGACUUGUCUCAAAAUCGCCUCGAUACUGUAACGCUCCACCGGCCAUAUCGUAACCUCAGGAAUGUAUGGCUGGAAAACAACACUAUCACACGAUUGUCUCUCUGCAUAGACAAAAACCUGGGAGCCAAAUCAGUCAGAGUUAGAAAAACACGACAAUUGGGACCCUGGAGCAGACGCAGAUGUGUGUCUUGGGCCCCCACCCUGCAGCUGCUAUCUGUUGAGAGGAAUCACCUGAUACAACUCCCAGAGGGGCUGGAAGGUAGUGCAUCCUUAUGGGUUCUGCAGCUCUCCUUCAACAGGAUCUCAACUAUACGACCAGGAGAACUUAGACAUCUUCAACAGCUAAAAGAGCUCCACCUAAAACAUAACCUCAUCACGCAUCUCCAUCCACAGAUGUUCCAGGAUUUAACCCAGCUCAGAGUCCUUGAUCUCAGCUUCAACAUGUUGACCAGCCUCCAUCCUUCGAUGUACCUCUCCCUGCGUAACAUUGGGUCAGAUGUUAGGCUGGAUGGAAACAGGUGGCAGUGUGACUGCAGCAUGCGCAGUCUAAGAAGGCGUAUGUCCUAUGACAGCGACAGAGGUCUGCAGACCUGGAGCGUGGAGUGUGCUUUCCCCUCUGUCCUCUCAGGCAAAGACCUGCUACAGUUGGAGGAGGAUGACCUAAACUGCUUUGGUACUGAAAACAGUCCAGAGCUGCAUCAAGAUGUGACGGUCUACAGCGGCUCUGAGAUUCUUCUGUCUUGCUCUAAACAAGACUCCUCGUGGUUGACGCCCAGUGAUCAAGAAUCUGUGAGCCAACCUCAGGCUUCUCUGUUCAUCAGUGACGUCAGUGAGAAAGACACGGGACUAUAUGUGUGUAUGACUGAAGAUCAUGAAGUUGUUUCUGUUUUUAACCUCCAAAUCAGUAGAGUAGAACAUGCAAGAAGAAAAGCGAGAAGUGUGCCCAGAGCUAGCCCACAAGUAAUCCCUCAAGAAAGGAAUCAGAGAGCUACGCAGUCUGACCUAGCUCUGGCAGUGUGUCUGUCAGUUUUCAUCACGUUUCUGAUAGCCUUUGUCCUUGGGGUCUUAGUAAGACCUUUUAUUGAUGUUCUUUGGACAAAGAUAACUAACAAGAGGAGCCCAUCUGCAACAAACUCUGUCUCAUCUGCAGAACAAAGACAAUAUGAGAAUGAAGCCUACUCUGAAGGUGAGGAACCAGAGGAGAUCGUAACUCACAGGGAAAGGAGAGUCACAUUUAACACUGUCAACAUUAGAGAAGAUAUUAAUGUAGAAUAUUAUGAUACAUUAGCCAGUGGUAAUCAGGAAAGCGUAGAAGCAGCAAAGACUGAGGAGGAUGAGCACACAGCUGGAGAAUCAGGAAGUGAUAAUGGCUCAACAGAGAUAAGUCCAGAAAAUAACCAGAGCGAUGCAAGAGACAUCUCUGGCACCACUGAUAAAAGACGCAGACACAAAGUGCAGUUUGAACACAUCCCAGACUCUAAAGAGCUGGAGGAAAGAAGUUUGUCUUCAUGCUCAGAUUCUUCACUAUCUGACAGAGAAUUAAAAAAGGAUCGAAUGAACAAGAGAGACCUCACAACACCCAAGUCUCUGCAGCAGGCAGAAGACUCUGUACAGCAGGGAGCUGAUUCCUCAACAUCUGAAAUAGUGCCGCAAUUAUCCAUCGAGAGGACAAAUGAAAUUCCUGGAUUCUCUUCUGAGCCCUUUGCAGAUUGGUCACCACAUUUGAAUGAUACCAAACCUAAAGACUCUGAUUUGUGGCAGGGGAAUGAAGAACAAUUUGAUUUUAGUGAUUCAGUUGGAAGCAAUUCAGCCAGGUCUAGUGGUAUGUUUGGUUCUUUUAAUGAUUCAAAACUGAAUGUGCUGCCCACUUCAGACAACCAGAGCAGGGAUGAUGCGUCCAGCUGCAGCUCACAUCUCAGUGAGGAUGAGCCUACGCAAUACACCGUGAACCCAGACCAGGAGGAGGAAGAAGAUACAAAAAACAACCACAAUAAAUCUGAGCUCACCAACACUCAUCUUAAGCAGGAUGCUCGUUUUGAACAGCAGAUUUCUGGUGUGGAUACGAGCAGGACUCCACUGGGAUUUAAUCAGGGUAAUUACCCACAUGACACACUAAGGCCUGCAGAGAGAGCACCAUCACCUCAUCCUGAUUCAUCUUCAACUUCCUUUCCAAACAUCUGGAUUAACAAGUCAUGA